AUGAAAGGGGUAUGGGCUGCCUUAGCAGCCCUGCUAAUUCAAUCGGCACAUGGACAACAACCUGUUGGCACUCAGAUGUUUGUGGACUACCCAGGACUUAGUGAUGAAUGCAAAGCGGGCUUGGCAACCAAUGUGUCUUGUCCGCCAUUUCUCCCUGCUGUCUCUCAGGACAAUGCCAUUUUGGAUUACGAUGCAGUCAGAGAACUUUGCGUCGAUGAUUGCUAUAGGUCUCUGAAAACAGCCAGAGCUACUGUCCAAGCCGCCUGUACUGCAAGUACCGAUGUGAUUGUCUACGAGGACGUAGCAUAUCCAGCUACGUUCAUCGCCGAUAACUACCUUCUGACCUUUGAGGUGUCUUGUAAAAAAGACGAAGGAGGAAAUUACUGCGAUCCUCUGUUCCUAUCCUGGCAGAGUCAUUACGUUGUACCAAAUGUGACUGUUGCCUGCUCGGAAUGCACGCUGGGGGUCCUUGAAGUCCAACUAAACCACCCCUUAGGAUAUGACGAGGGCCUGGAAGAGAAGUUCCAUUCUUUGACAUCCAGCUGUGGUAUCGCGGGUUAUAGUGUCACUUCUCCAGCCCCAUACGCUCUGAACGCAACGGCGACGGCAACUUCAGUUAUUACCACUGCUACCUCCAAACCAGCUUGUGAUGUGUCUUACGAGGUGAAACCCUCGGACGACUGUAACUCCGUGGCGAAGUCUUUAAGUGUGUCUACAUAUAACUUGCUGCAAGCCAACUACUUGGACCUUUAUUGUCAGACCUUUUCCCGGCAGGUGGGUAAGAGCCUUUGUGUACCACCCAAGUGCACUACGCACACCUGGCAGGCGAGUGAUACGUGCGACAGUGUGGUCAGCGGCCUCGGCAAUGUAACUCUGUCGCAAUUCCUCGCGUGGAAUCCCAACUUCAGCUCUCUGUGUCUCAACAGUCCAUUCUUUAUUGGAUAUGAGGUCUGUAUAAGUGCUCCAGACGGUUACCUCAACCAUACAUCAAACGACAAUCCUAGUCCCACAGUAACCGCUAGUAAUAGUGGUGUCGCAGAGGUCCCGACCAAUGCAGCAGAUGGCAGCUCCCACAACUGUAGUCUGUGGUAUACAGUUAUGGAAGGAGAUGAUUGUGCCCCAGUAACCCUGGCCCAAUCCAUUUCUCUAGCCGACUUCUACUUUCUUAAUCCGGGUCUAGGCAAGAAUUGCGGUAAUCUGCAGUUCGGCAAGGCGUAUUGCGUGAGACCCGUUGGUUCUAUCACCAACUACCCCAAUUAUACCACCACUGGGGUUUUGCCAACCACUGUCCCCCCGGCCACCUUAUCUUCUGUGAAUACUGCCAUACCAACAAGCACCAACGAUCCUGGCUAUGAGUACAUCGAACCCCCACUCCUCCCUACUGCGCCAGGUACUAUUCCAGACUGCUAUCUAUACCAGAAUCCCCCUUACUUUGCCACCCUCUGCAGGGAUCUUGCGCGGGAAAACGAAAUACCGAGUGAAGACCUGGCAGAGUGGAACCCAAGCCUCGAGAAAGACAUGGCCAACUGCACUCUCACAUCGACUUACAGUUACUGUGUUAAGAAGUACGAGAAUAGCACUUUGCCCGAGGAUAUAUCCACUUAUUGCCUGCCUACUGAUGCCACGGAGCUUGGUACAGUUUCCAACUGUAACUGUUUCACUUCGAUUGACGUUUAUGAUGCCGAAGAAUACACAUGUGCGAAAUUGGCUUCCGAUUACGGAGUGAAAUUAGCCGAGCUUUUGGCCUGGAAUACUUGGCUAUCAGGCGACUGCGACACCGCUCUCUUUGCUAAUCUUAACUACACUGCUAGGCGCGCUGUUUGUAUUGGCGUCGGCACCAAGAGCGCUGCUACCAGCACCACAGAAUCCAUGGGACCUACUCAAACUGGAGUUGUGUCUGGAUAUCAGCUCUUCCAUACCCUGGUGGACAGUGAACAACUGCCCAUCUAUCGAGACUAG